AUGUCCUACAGCUUUCGUCUGCCAGGUUUCGCCGGGAGAGUUGUGAGAUGUGAAGCCAUUUAUGACAAAACUAUUGUUGAUGAUGAUGAGCAAGAUUCCAUGAUGUUUAGGAAUUAUGUAUUAAUCAGUGACAUGGAAACAGAUAUAGACACCUACAUAACCCUAAACCCCAUCGGCUCUGGAUCAUCAUCAUCAUCAUCAUCAUCUUCCCAUUAUAGAGAUAGUUUUCGAAGAGAUUCGAUAACCAGCGCUUCCGAAACAUUUUAUGUUGUGAAGGCAGUUGAUGAGAAUAAUGGAGGAUCAAUCUUAAAAGCACGGGAAGAAGUGAGAAGAAACAUGGCGGCUAUGGAAGGCGAGCGUCAUCACAAGAAUCUGUUGCGGAUGAAAGCUUAUUUCAUGGAUAAACCAUCUGGGAAGUUGUGCAUUGUCAUGCCUUUUCCCGGUCACUCUCUCAGAACCGUAAUGAAAAAGGCAUUUCCUGGAGGCUUUCCCGAGGAUCUUAUGCUUAGUGCUCUUAGAUCAGUUCUGGACGCUCUCGGUUUUCUUCAUACACAAUCCAUUUUCCACACGGAUAUCAACGCUGGCCAUGUUUACCUCGGCCAAAUAUUCUGUGACAUUUACGAUGUUGAUUUACAAUUUGAAUACAACUAUGAAAUCAAUUUGGGAUUUGCAGCCACGGUUUAUGAUGACGAUGAUGUUGAUGAAAUGGGAAACACGGCUCCAUAUUUGCCUGUGGCUUCCAUGUCCAAUUGGGCUGCUGCGCCAGAAGUGUAUAAUGGAAAUGGAAAGCAAGCCUACUCAGACAAGGCUGACAUUUGGCUCUUUGGGAUCACAGCUCUGGAAUUGGCUUUUGGUGGACUCAAACUCCCAAAUCGAAACGCCUUGGAGGCUAUCAUCGAUGACAUACAUCACAACAAGAAACUUCCAAUUCCGGGCAAAAAUUCGAAUAAUUACAAACAGUUUUCAGAAACAUUCACAGAUAUGGUGAUGAAAUGUUUGGCUUGGGAUUCUGAGAAGAGGCCAAGCUUUAAUGAGCUUAUGUCCCACAAUUUCUUUACACAGGACCGGGACCGCUUAGAUGGAUACUAUUUGUAUGAGGAAGUUAUGAAACAAUGGCCGUCAUCUUCAUGUUCAUCUUAA